GCGCAGGUCGUUGCCCAUGAUGCACAACAGAAACGGGGUAAAUUCACAAGAAUUGUGGGAUCUUACAAUUUAGCGGUGAAUAGCUCUUACAUAUAGCUUACUCGGCUACGUCAGAGUAGUACAGGGUGGUCCAAGAAGCUGUAUAAAAGUUUAAGCCACCCCAGUUCAAAGCCGGGAUAAUAAAAUUCCAAUUUGAAGCCCAAAUCGUGGAGAGCAACUCAGAAAAUAGUUUUGUGAUUUUUUUUGUAAACCUAAUUUCAAAAGUGCUCCGACGGUGAUCAGGUGAAGGACAGGUAUGUACUAGUGAAGGGCUGUUCCAGUCGAUUUUUCACGGGAAACGUUAUAAAAAGAGCUUAAAGUAUGUUGCCAUGGAAUGAAUUUGCAAUUAAUUUAUAGAGUGGUACCUGGUAGACAUAUGCAAGGUAAAUCCAAGGGUCUAAUAUCAUUGUUACCACUGAGAAACAACGCAAUGCUAAACGCCCGAAAAAGCUGAAAAUUUGGUUUAUCUGACUUAACCAACCACCAAGAUUCCUUAUCCCAAUGCAGCACGGUCCAAUGGUUAGAUUGCAAUAAAUCAACUAUCCAGAGAACCAUUAAAACUGAUUUAGGAAAUAUUAUAACAAACAUGACCUACAGUGGGUCGACGCAUUGAGAGAAAUCAAACUUUUUUCCGCUUACUGCGGAGAAAUCUCACCAGUGCGCAAAAACGGACAACGAUAAUUUUGGUUCUGCAUUCGUAAAAAAUCAAGACACAUCAGGUUGGUUAUCAGACAUUGACCGAUUGGAUUAUUUCGGAUGUUUCUUCGUGGAAUGACAAUUUUUACAUUUGACUAUUUACGAAUUUUCACAUACUUUGGAACGUCUAAAAUAAUCAGUGGAAGAAAAACACCGUAGAAAAGUUCCUGGAAGUUUUUUUAUCGGGUAAAAAGCGAUAUAUUCUUAAAGAUAAGAACAAGGACCAUCACACCCAGCAAGUUUCGAACCCAUAAAGUUCCGCCUGCGGGUUAGAAAAAUUAUGGAAUAUUUAUACAGCUUCUUGGACCACCCUCUGUAUUAAUUCUUAAUUUGUAUCAGUAACGAGAAACACAUCUAGUCAAAGUUCCAUAAAUGAAUUAAUAUUUAUUAAUUCCAUGUAUGUGAGAGGGUAAUAGCCUAAGUAAUAGUGCUGAAAUUCAGAAUUCCUGACGGCAAUUAUGCUAGCAAACUCAUUUUUCGAAGUUUCAAAUGGUCAAAAAUUAUUAACCGUAUACAUAUUUUAGCUCCGAAAGAUAAAAUGUAUUGAUUUCUAUGUCUGCAUAUACAGGUACACAAAUACACAUCUGUUUGAAUACAAAUAUCCCAACUAUGUACAUACUUUGGAACUUAUCGUAAACAUAUCAAAUAUUAGGUACAUAAUAAGAUCGAUAUAAAAUGUGAGAUUUAUUGUGUGCAAAGAAUUUAGCAUGUUCUGCUACAAAUUUGCUGGAUUGCUUUAUGUACCAAAAUUAUACGAACAUACUUAAACAAAACAACGAUCAAUGCGUGGAAGCAGAAAUUUAAGGGGCAUUAAUAUUUCCUUCCGAAUACAGACCUUAAACUACAUAAACUUUAACUGAUCGUGGGUAAGCUAUAAAACUGCCCAUUAUUUUGACAAUAAUUUGAGUAAGUAUUGCUUACUUGUGUGCCAUGUGUCCACAUACAAUCUUAGAAAUGGGGUUACUAUUAUAACCAAAAAGUAAACGCAUAUGCAUGACUCUACCGCCAUGGUUAUGAAUUUAUCACCAACUGGUUAUAAAUUUAUUAGCUCUGAUGACAAUUUAAUACCAAGUCGGUGAAACUUUAUAAUUAGUCCGUGAGAAUUGUAACAACUCGAUUACAAAUUUAUAACCACGGCGGUGAAGUUACACACGUUUACUUUUUGGUUAUAAUCGUAACCUCAUUUCUAAGAGUGUACAUACAUAUAUCGUGACUGAUACCCAACAGCACAUUGAAUUGGUUCCAUUGCAAUUGUGAAAAUGGAGAUAACAAGGUGAUAGUAACAAGUCAAUGACUCGUCCCAACAAAAUGUUGAUACGGUAUGAUUAGUUGGCAGAGACGUCCGAUGCCCGUGAUGUGCAAUAUCGAUCGCACAAAUUUACAGAAAACGUGAAAUCUUUCAUUUUAGCAAUUAAAUAAUAUUGAGCUCUUUUCUGGCUUGCAAUUAUUGACUUUAAAAUUGGUAAUCAACAUUUAAUCACCUUGAAUUGAACUAUGGCGGACAGCCCAAUUUAUACUUCACUCCUUGGACAGGGAGCUUUUGGCAUUGUACUAAAAUCAAUUCUUUCGUGUGAAGCUGAAUCUGCAGUCAAAUUUAUUUUCCCUAAUGACAACGAUGAGCGUGUUAAGCUUCUUCGUGAAUAUACGGUAACCAAAGGAUUAGAAAAACAUGCAAAUAUUGUACAGAUAAUUGAUAUGGAAGAAGAAAGGCUCUACCGCCAAGAUAUCGAAGAAAUUUUCCACAACCUACCAAAAACUGAACAAAUUAAAACCCUAAAAUCAACAAUUACCAAAAAAACGAAAGGUUACAGCAUACAAUCAAUCCGUAUCAAGAUGGAAUUGUGUGGACAAACUCUUAGAAAAUGGCUAAAUGAAAGCCUUAAUGGAAACGACUUGCACAUCCAGAUCAGACAAAACACCAUGGUCCAAAAUCUGAUAACCGGCCUCAAAUACUUACACGAUAAUAAAAUUAUUCAUCGAGAUUUAAAACCAGAAAACAUUAUGUUCUCCAAAGGACGUUAUCAAUUACCGGUAAAAAUCGGUGAUUUUGGACAUUCUCGAAAAAUUCAUUCUGAGGAAUCCAACACUGGAGGAUUGCUUACGACCGGAGUGGGAACCAGGAGCUACAUGGCGCCAGAGGUUCGUCAUGGAAAUUAUAGCUACGCAGCAGACAUUUAUUCCCUGGGCUUAAUUAUUUGGGAAGUGGUUCAAUUACUAGGAGAUAAGAGAAAUAUUGAUUUUGAUAAACUAGUAUAUGAUAAGAAAGAGGAAUUAGUUGAGGAUCACGUUAUUAUGAUUGGGAUUCGAAACAUAAUAAUCAGUAUGUCUAGAAGAACGGUGGAAGAGAGAAUUGGAUUGGAAGAAAUAGAUUUUUCUCCUUGGAAUGAUAAUUUGUCUAAGAUAAUUGAGGAUCAAGGUUGUAAGUUUCUAUGGGAUUGUAUUUUAAAUUCCAGCAAAGAAUUCGUUGUCAGAACUAACACCCAGCUUAAAUUGGCACUGGAUAAUGCAGUGCAUGGUUGUGUGAUUAGAUUAAACGAAGCAGUAUAUACAGGCAGGUUUAGUUUGUUGGAGGAUAAAAUAAGCAUUAUUGGCCAAGGAAGUAGAUCGCUGUUAAAAUUUGGUGAUGCCAUGUCUUUAAAUAUCUACGGUGAUGAGAUAAGCAUUAGUAAUAUAAAGAUAAGUGUUGCCAAAUAUAAAGCUAAAUAUUGUCUUCGGUUAGAUGGGUCCAGAAAUGUAAUUAAAGAUGUUGAGUUUAGCAACGGUGAAGCUGAAUAUAUGUUAAUGGUUGCCGGGGAUGAUAAUAAACUCGAAACCUUAGCAAUUUCUGAGUCUUAUGGAGGAAUAUAUGUCACAGGACAGAACAACACAAUCACUAAAAUCCUGAUGGACAACGUUAGAAGCAUAGGAAUUUUCAUUGGUUACGGUUCCAGUGAUACCAAAAUUUCAGAUAUAACUUUGUCAAAUGUUAUACAAGGAAUUAUUGUCAAUGGUUCAAAAGCUCACAUUUCUAAGGUCAAACUAACCAAAGCAUCCUUGGACACAUCUUCUUUGUGGAACAAACCUCAAAGAUAUAUUGGAUUGGUAGUUUACGGAUCAGAUUUUAAGGUCGAGGAUAUUAAUUGCUCAGAUUAUUCGAGAAUAACAAAUGAUUGGGGAAUGAUUAUUAACGGGGGCUCGGGGGAAAUUACUGAUUGUUUUGGUGGCUCGAUUCGUAUAGCUGGAAGUAAUGUAAAACUAAUAAACGUUAGUUGCGGGGAAUUGCUCGAAAUUGAUAACGAUGCUAAAGAUGUCACAUUAGUCAGCUGCUGUGGACAAAAAUUAAUGUCCAUUAUAAAACCGGUAAUGAUGAACAAUCAAUUUGAGCUCAUUGUGAUCCCACUUAGGAUAUAAACCUACCUUGUAGAUUUAUGAGUUUCAGUAAUUAAAGUAAUUUAGUCAUAGUUACGUUUACAUAUCUGCUACAAAUAAAUAAAUAAAUAUAUAA